AUGCAAGCCAUGGCAGCACGAAUCCAAAAGAAGGAGCGCAUCCGGCGGCAAGAUACCACGCCUGCAGAGAAGCGGGCCAUCUUUUCGAGGACGCGGGCAGUUCUGGCCUCCAUCAAGAUGAAGCGGCCCCUCCAGGAGCGCCUGGAGCAGAACAGCGCCCUUGCACGCUGGGGCAAGACGGAGGAGGUCUACGGCAGAGCUGGCCGCAACUGGAAGAAGGUGCAGGAGUUCCUCUCCGCCACGAAGCAGGUGAAGCAAAGCCACACGGUGAUGCAGAUCUGGCUCCAGGUGCACAAGGAGAACGCCCAGAAACGGCUGGAGGAAGCUCUCACGGACUUCCUGCAGGGCGACGCGCUACCGGAGGUGGAGCUGGAAGAGGCCGUGGAGAUCUUCAAAGCCGUGGAGGAGGAAACGACGCCAGGGCCAGAAGAAACGGUGGACAUCCACGCCUUUGCCAAGCAAGCGGCAGGCAUGAUGGAAAACCUGGCGAAGAUGCAAAAGGAGCAGGAGAUGAGCUGCUCCGAGAGGUGGAAAAGCUCCAAGAGAGCAUGGCUUUGUCCUCCUGCCGCGCGGGGCGGCUGA